CCAUCACUAACUUGACGUGUCAUUUUUUCAGCUAGGGAGCUCACAUAGUGUAGAAAGGAAGAAAAAACUUAACUGCCGACAACUCAUCAAUCAACGGGACGAAGGUAAUAGUACAUCGGAGCGACCACCACAUUUGUUCGUAAAAUCGAAAUCUGGCGCAUGAAAAUACUCCAAAGAUGUUGACCAACUUUGAAUCAAAGUCAGCACGUGUUAAAGGCUUGUCUUUUCACCCCAAACGACCAUGGAUUCUUGCCAGUUUACACACUGGCGUCAUCCAACUAUGGGACUACCGCAUGCACACCUUGCUUGAAAAAUUCGAUGAGCACGAUGGCCCUGUGCGAAGUGUCGCAUUCCAUCAACAAAUGCCACUGUUUGUGUCCGGAGGCGAUGAUUAUAAGAUUAAGGUCUGGAAUUAUAAACAACGCCGUUGUAUAUUUACUCUCUUGGCUCAUUUGGAUUACGUGCGCACGGUGGCUUUCCAUCAUGAGUACCCAUGGAUUCUCAGCUCCUCAGACGAUCAAACUAUUCGAAUUUGGAACUGGCAGUCCCGUAAUUGUAUUUGUGUGCUCACUGGGCAUAAUCAUUAUGUGAUGAGCGCACAGUUCCAUCCAACAGAAGAUCAAAUAGUGUCUGCUUCGUUGGAUCAAACAGUGCGAGUUUGGGACAUUUCUGGACUGCGUAAAAAGAAUGUUGCGCCUGGACCCGGUGGUUUAGAUGACCAUUUAAAGGGACAUCCGGGCGCUACAGAUCUUUUCGGCCAAGCCGAUGCUGUAGUCAAACAUGUUUUGGAAGGUCACGAUCGUGGUGUUAAUUGGGCCAGUUUCCAUCCCACUCUGCCACUUAUUGUAUCAGGAGCAGAUGAUCGUCUUGUAAAACUAUGGCGUAUGAAUGAAUACAAAGCUUGGGAAGUGGACACAUGCCGCGGUCACUACAACAACGUUUCCUGUGUGCUUUUCCAUCCUAGACAAGAUUUAAUUCUUUCCAAUGGUGAAGACCGUAGCAUACGGGUUUGGGAUAUGACUAAGCGCCAGUGCUUAUACACAUUUCGACGUGAUGGUGAACGUUUCUGGAUACUUGCUGCUCAUCCAACCUUGAACUUGUUUGCCGCUGGACACGAUGGCGGUAUGGUUGUAUUCAAAUUAGAGCGCGAACGUCCAGCUUAUGCCGUGCAUGGUAAUUUGCUCUAUUAUGUAAAGGAUCGUUUUCUACGCAAACUUGACUUCACAACUACUAAAGACACAGUUGUCAUGCAAUUACGUGGAGGUGGUAAAUCGCCAGUGCACAGCAUGUCUUAUAAUCCGGCAUUAAAUGCGGUACUCAUUUGCACGCGUACUAACAAUUUAGAGAAUAGCACGUAUGACUUAUAUCAAAUUCCCAAAGAUUCUGAAUCGCAAAAUGAGACGGAAUCAAAACGUUCAUCCGGUAUAACCGCAAUCUGGGUGGCCCGUAAUCGAUUUGCUGUACUCGACCGUAAUCAGCAGUUGGCAAUAAAGAACUUCAAAAAUGAGGUUACUAAAAAAAUACCAACCUUCUGUGAGGAAAUCUUUUACGCUGGCACUGGAAUGCUGUUGAUACGUGAUCCAGAAUAUGUCACCCUUUAUGAGGUACAGCGAUUAGUAUCUGUUGGUUGCAUCAAAUUGGCCAAGUGUCGUUAUGUUGUUUGGUCUGCCGACAUGUCGCUGGUAGCGUUGCUCUGCAAGCACUCAGUUACCAUUUGCGAUCGCCGCCUGCAAUAUUUGUGCACAAUCCAGGAGAACUGUCGCGUCAAGUCAGGUGCCUGGGAUGACUCGGGUGUCUUUAUUUACACCACCAGCAAUCACAUUAAAUACGCUAUCACAAACGGUGACCACGGUAUUAUCCGCACACUUGACUUGCCCAUUUACUUGACUCGUGUUAAAGGCAAUCAAGUAUUUUGCCUGGAUCGGGAAUGUCGUACACGUGUACUCCAUAUUGAUUCGACAGAAUAUAAAUUUAAGCUGGCUCUAAUCAAUCGUAAAUACGAUGAAGUAUUGCAUAUGGUGCGUAAUGCACGCCUUGUGGGCCAGAGUAUCAUUGCCUAUCUGCAACAAAAAGGAUAUCCUGAAGUGGCGCUACAUUUUGUCAAGGACGAGAAAACGCGAUUCGGUUUGGCCUUAGAAUGUGGAAAUAUCGAAAUUGCAUUAGAAGCAGCUAAGGCACUCGAUGAUAAGGACUGUUGGGAUCGACUAGGGCAAGCCGCAUUGCUACAGGGUAAUCAUCAAGUGGUCGAGAUGUGCUACCAACGCACCAAAAACUUUGACAAGCUCAGUUUUCUAUAUUUAAUAACUGGCAAUCUCGAAAAACUUAAGAAGAUGAAUAAGAUUGCAGAAAUUCGCAAAGAUGUUUCAGCCCAGUACCAGGGUGCCCUGCUGUUGGGUGAUGUCAAGGAACGCGUAAACAUUCUUAAAAACUGCGGCCAACUUUCGCUGGCCUAUCUUACCGCUGCGACGCAUGGUUUUCAAGAACAAGCAGGUCAAUUAGAGACAACGAUCACCCAGGAAGGUAAUGAGUUGCCCGUGGUCAAUCCAAAUGCAACGUUGCUCCAGCCACCUGUACCUAUUCAGCAAGUGGAAAGUAACUGGCCACUACUGACCGUGUCGAAGGGCUUCUUUGAAGGUGCCAUGAUUACACGUGCAGGCACUAGUGCCACUGCACGGCAAGCGCUUAACGCCAAUGCCGAUGCAGCUGUGUUGGAUGAUGUCGGCGCAGGUGACGGUUGGGGUGCAGAUGCAGACUUGGGUCUCGGAGAAGACGGUGACGAUGAAAUGCAUGACGCUCUCGAUAGCGAACCUGGUGCAGAAGGUGUUGGUGAGGAGGGCGCUGGCUGGGAUGUAGGUGAUGAAGAUUUGGUAGUGCCAGAAGAACUUGCCUCGAAAAUUAAAGCUUCUGCUUUGGAUAAUGGCUUUUAUGCUGCACCAAGCAAAGGGCUCUCUGCUCCCCAGCACUGGGCUAAUCAUUCGCCUCUUGUAGUAGAUCAUGUUAAAGCUGGCUCCUUUGAAUCGGCAUUCCGGCUACUCAACGAUCAAUUGGGUGUUAUUAAUUUCAAGCCUUUUAAAACAUUAUUUUUGCAGAAUUACACUUGUGCACGCACAAGUUUUACAGCUAUGCCCAAUUUGCAGUCACUGUCCGCAUACCCGCUUCGCAACACCGGCGAAACCAAUCCGAAAAAUCAACGCCCGGCAUUGGGUGUAAAAUUAAACGAUUUAGUGCAACGGUUGCAAGCCGGCUACCAGCUCACCACAGCUGGUAAAUUUACAGAAGCUAUCGAAAAAUUCCAUUCCAUUUUGUUACACAUACCACUGUUGGUGGUGGAGACAAAGCAGGAUAUCGCAGAAACACAGCAAUUGUUGAAGAUCUGUUCCGAAUACAUACUUGGCUUGAAAAUGGAAACCGAACGGAAGGGUAUGCCAAAGUCUACGUUAGAGGAGCAAAAGCGCCUCUGUGAAAUGGCCGCCUAUUUCACGCAUUGCAAACUACAGCCUGUCCAUCAGAUCCUUACGUUACGCACAGCUUUGAAUAUGUUCUUUAAACUGAAGAACUAUAAGACGGCUGCAUCUUUCGCCCGACGACUACUUGAGUUGGGUCCACGACCAGAAGUCGCACAACAAGUACGCAAAAUCUUGCAGGCCUGUGAAGUUAAUCCCAUAGACGAGCACCAAUUGCAGUAUGAAGAGUUCAAUCCAUUUAACAUUUGUGGUAUAAGCUAUAAGCCGUUAUACCGCGGUAAACCAGAGGUGACGUGCCCAUUCUGUGGUGCCUCUUUCGAUACGCAAUACAAGGGACAGCUUUGCACCGUCUGUGAAGUGAGUCAAAUUGGCAAGGACAGUAUUGGGUUGCGCAUAUCGAAUUUGCAAUUUCGCUAAAGAAGUGCAUUGAAGCACACCGUUAAUUUUAGUUCAUAACUUUAUACAUACAUAUACCAGAAAUUUUUAUGAAGAUGUGUUUUUGUCGAUUACAAACUUUAAUGUUAUGUUAAACAUAUUCCAUUAAAACUGACAUAUUUAACCUGUACGAAAAUAUUAAAUAAAGUAAGAUAUAAAACA